CUCCUUGGCAGGAUCCCAGCCCAGCCCUUGCUUGUCCUCAUUCGGCUCCCUUGGCUGCUUGGUUUCAGGUCUCUGCCCUGAAGGUGAUGUCGCAGGAGCUGAGCGCCUGGGAUGGGGCCCUGUGCCUCUCGGAAGCAGAUGCCAAGCCUUUGCACCUCUUGCGUGUGGCUUAUGGAGAUGUGGUGCUGAAAGAGCUGGGCCAAGAGCUGAGCCCGACCCAGGUCCAGAACCACCCAACAUGCAUCGACUGGACCGGAUGUGACCCGAAGAAACUCUACACCCUGAUUCUGACCGACUUGGAUGUUCCCAGCCGGGAAGACCCCAAAUCCAGAGAGUGGCACCAUUGCCUGGUGACCAACAUGAAAGGCCACGACAUGAGCAGCGGGUGCGUCCUGACCGAUUACGUUGGCUCUGCACCAGGCAAGGACACAGGACUUCACCGCUACGUCUGGUUGGUUUAUGAGCAGCUGCAGCCCCUCACCUGUGACGAAGCCAUUCUGGACAGUGUCACCGCCACUGGGCGUGCCCAUUUUCGGGCCUCGGCUUUCCGUAAGAAGUACAAGCUGGGGGCUCCGGUGGCGGGGAACUGCUACCUGGCCGAGUGGGACAGCACUGUCCCCAAGAUCUACAAGCAAAUGAAUGUCAAAGAGGACGUGUGAUCCUGGUCUGGGGAAAGCCAGGCAUCGGAGUUUGGAAGAGUCAGUGGAGGAAUGGAAUAAAGCAGAUUGAAUAAAGAGCCAAAAUGUUCCCAUUUA